AUGGAAGCGGUAGAAAAGUUAAUAAAAGAACUUCAAAUAUUUUUAAGUGAUAAAGUUGUUGAAGAUUUCCGAAAGUUUUUUAAAGACUUCGAUGAAGUACAACCUGCGACCUUUGAAAGUUAUCAGAAUAUCGUUGAAUAUGAUUCUAAUUUCUUUAAAUUAGCAAAUAAUUUUAUCAAUGAAGGACUAAUAAAUUUUCAGGAGUCUGAAAUUAAUAAUAUUAAUCAGCAAUUUAUUUAUUCUUUAUUAUCUUUAAAAAUGUUAGUUAAUGAAAUGGCUUAUGUAAAAAGAAUAGAUAUUAUACGAGAUGUGUUGAAUUCAUCUCAUAAAACAGAAAUGUUUUUUGGUAAUAGCAAGUUGACGAAAGAAGAAAUCAAUAAACGUUGCAGAAAACUCGCUUUAUAUUUCCAUCCUGAUAAGACGUGUAAGUCUAAUAGCCCGACUUUCCUUAAAGACGAGCAUAAGUAUUUAGGUGAUAAACUAUUCGGAUUUGUUCAAAAUUUUAAAGAGAGCUUAUCAAAUAAUGACUCAGAAAACGAAGAUUUGGCUUAUCAUGAAAAAUAUGCAAAUCAGCUUUGGAAAAUUACGAUUGAUUACCGUAAUGCAGCUAAAGGGCAGCGCGAUAACCUAAAUCUGUUAAAAAAAGAUGAUAUCAAGGAGUUAUCUUCUGAGGAAUUAGAGCGUCAAAGCGUGAAUCACGGAAUGAUUGCAUAUAAGGAAUACCGAGAAGCUUGCAAAAUUGUUGAUAAAGCUAAACUACUAAAAGACCAAGUAAGAUUACGAGGAAAUAUGACAUUAUGCUUAUAUGUAUCCAACAAACUUUUAGAAGCCCAGUUAUAUGCUUUGUCGGCAAUUAAAUUACAAUUUAAAUAUCCUGAUGAGGUCACGCAAGAUGAUCUGACCAAGGCAAAAAAAAUAUUUGAUAAAGUUAGAGUCUUAUCAACGGUUGAUAUGCUUAAAAUAAGUUCUGAUUUAUUGCUCAAAGCAGACCGCAGUUUAAUCCGCUAUCAAAUACCUAAAGAAGAGAUAUUACAAGUCAAAAAGAAUGCUAUUAGGUUUAAAGCAGCUGGAAUAGGAAUUAUGGUUACUGGAGCGACUUUAGGAACUGCAGUAGUUUUAAAUGCUUGUUCAACGAUUGUUUUAAGUUCAGCUGGUGACCCGAUUGGACUUAUGUUUGGAAUUACUACCAUUGGCUGUAAACAGUUGAAAGUUCCAGAAAUCCUUGAAAAGCUUAAUUAUAUCAUGAAGGAGGCACUGAAAGCUUAUGAUGAAGGAGAUCAUCAGAAAUUUAUCGAUUGGAAACACUUUCACUUUUCGGAUGGUAUUGCCUAUCUAUUGAUUUUGCUAGGAGAAGUCUUGAAUAUUGGGAAAAUAAAAAUUGAUGGAAAAACAACAAAUGAACUAAAGAUGCUAUCUAAGACAGUUUAUGCUGGGGUGGAUGAUGAAAAACUUGAUGAAACGGCUAAAAUGCUUGAUGUUCGCACUCGUGAAGUACGAGGAAAGAGCAGAUUUAAUUUUAAAAGUAUAUACAAUGAAUUAAAAGAUUUUAUUUUUCUUAAAACAGUGUAUAGCAAUAUAGCAAAAGAACACAUAGAUGACAAUCAAGAUAUGCCCUUUCAAUCAAGGCUGGAAGAAAUGCGUAAUAUUGCAAGAAUUAACCUCGCAAUUUUUGAUUUAAUAGAUGGUGAUAAUGAAGAAUUUGAACGAGCUAUUAAAACUAUUAAGGACAUUCGUGAUAAAAGCUAUGAUUAUGGUUUGAUUGAAGUUCGCUUAGAAAUUUUGGAAGAUAUCUUGUGGGUCAUUAGCGGUGAGGAAAUAUCUCAUAAAUCGGUUGAAUUACCUAAAAUCACUUUUCCGGAAUCAAUUUGA